ACGCACUUUGAUUUAAUUUUUAUUUGUUGGUUUUGUGUUUCAAUUGAUUUUGUGUUUUAAUUUCACACUCCUUAGUUAAAUGCUUAGUUUAAUUAAUUAAACUAUGGAUCAACUGUAUGUGGAGAUUGAGUUAAGCACCCAGAAUGCGGAAACAACCAUUUAUACCAGCGUGCCUUCGUUCCUAGCGCUGUACACAUAUCGCUACCUCAAGGAGCCCCAGAAUAUUAAAGUUAACUUUGUGGCAAGUAAAAUUAGCGGUGGUAAAAUUGCUUUACGCAGCUCCCAACUGAGACGUGAAUUGACUGAUCAGCAUAUCACUUGUCGCGAUGCCGCCAAGCUGCCCGCCCUCCGGGAUCUGCGUCUGCCCAUCUAUGAACGGGAUGGAAAUAUUUAUAUUGCAGGCACUUGCGCUGUUUGCCGGGAGCUAGUGGCACGCCAACCUAACAAGCAUUUGCGUCAACUGUUGGGCUUCAAGGGCAGCUGCCUACUGGCACCAGCGGAGGCCUCCAUAUGGACGCGUUUCUGUGAGGUAGAUGUGGUCAAUCUGGUUAGCCAGUUGCAAGCCGAGGAGCUGCAAUUGCGCGAGGUGCCGGUUGAGGUGGUGCGUUUUGAACAGCACAUGAAUCAGCCGGUGCGCAUGCACAACAUUUAUAAACUGGCUAGAGAGCAGGCCAAUCUUACAGAAAACGGUGCUCCAUUGAAGCGCAAGGAGCGUGUGCUUAUCGAAUGCAGCAUACCCAAGGAGCAGCUCUUAAUUGAACAUCGUUUCGCUGAGGGUAUUAGUUUUACCAUUGCCGAUCUGAUACUCUACCCACUGCUGCGUCUAGUCUUCCAGCAUUGCGCACAGAUGCUGCCUCAUUUUCCACUGACCAGCACCUGGUUCAGCGAGAUUGAAAGCUUCGAUUCAAAUUGUGCUCGAAUCUUACAUGAACUGUAUGUGCCCAUGCUUGUGACUCCGGCGGAGCACACACAGCUACUGAGCAUACCUGAUUGUGAGGAGACGAGCCUCUAUAAGGCUGAUCCGAAGCGUUAUCGUCCGAGAAAUCGUAUUUAUACCAGUCAGGCAGAAGUGGAGGCAGCAUUGGCUAAACUGUCCCAGCUACAGUUGCAUUUCUCUGCCGAUUCAGAACAUUCUUUUGGGGAGCAGCUCAUCGAUUGGCAGUGCAUUGAGCCGACGCAUGUCAAGAGUUCAGCAUUGCCAGCGAAACGGCUAGAGCGUAAGCGUCAGCAACUCGAGAAUAUGGCCAAUGCGGUUGUCUCUUUGGCACAGCCUGGCGAUCGUAUUGUUGAUUUCUGCAGCGGCACUGGCCAUUUGGCCAUACUUCUCGCUCUUAAGCUGCCCCAGUGCACGGUCAUUGUGCUGGAGAACAAGGCGUUUUCGCUGACGCACGCCCAGAAGCGCGCAGCCGAACUAAAGCUGAGAAAUUGUGUUUUUUAUCAGUGCAAUAUUGAUUAUUUUAUGGGUCGCUUCGACAUAGGCGCCUCGUUGCAUGCCUGUGGCACAGCUACGGACAUUGUGCUGCAGCAGUGUCAACGUGUGAAUGCGCGCUUCGUUUGCUGCCCCUGCUGCUACGGUUCACUGCAGCCUAUGCCACAUAUUACUUAUCCACUGAGUACACGCUUCAAAGAGACGAUUGAUAUGAAAGACUACUUGUAUAUAGCGCAUACGGCGGAUCAAGCCCAUGAAUUGGGCACCAGCAAUUGCAAGCCGGAGACAACGCUGCAGGGAAUGCAUUGCAUGUGUAUUGUCGACACGGAUCGCAAACUGCAGGCGGAAGAGGCCGGCUACCAGGUGAUACUCACACGUCUUAAGCCGGAACAAUGCACGCCAAAGAAUCAUUUGCUAGUCGGACGUUAUGUACGCAAUUAGAGAGCACAAAAUAUAUAUGUAUUUUUAUAAUUG